ACCGAGUGCGUGCUCUCUCCCGCCGGCUCCGCCGGGCGCUGAUUGGCUUCGGGGCGGCGGCGCCGGCUCCGGAUUGGCCAGUGCGCUGGGUUUAAAGGUAGGAGCGCCAAAUCGGCGGGAACCUGCGGGCGUGUAGUGCAAGGAGAUCUCGGACGCUGGGAGUGGUGAGGUGGUCUCCGAGACGCCAUGAGCUGUGUCAAUCUACCCACCGUGCUGCCCGGCUCCCCCAGCAAGAUCCGGGGGCAGAUCCAGGUGAUUCUCGGGCCCAUGUUCUCAGGAAAAAGCACUGAGCUGAUGAGGCGGGUGCGUCGCUUCCAGAUCGCCCAGUACAAGUGCCUUGUCAUCAAGUAUGCCAAAGAUACUCGCUACAGCAACAGCUUCUCCACUCAUGACCGGAACACCAUGGACGCGCUGCCCGCCUGCCUGCUCCGGGACACAGCCCAGGAGGCCCUAGGCGUGGCUGUCAUCGGCAUCGACGAGGGGCAGUUUUUCCCCGACAUUGUGGAGUUCUGCGAGGCCAUGGCCAACUCCGGCAAGACAGUGAUCGUGGCCGCGCUGGACGGGACUUUCCAGAGGAAGGCCUUCGGCACCAUCCUGAACCUGGUGCCCCUGGCCGAGAGCGUGGUGAAGCUGACCGCUGUGUGCAUGGAGUGCUUCCGGGAAGCUGCCUACACCAAGAGGCUGGGCCUGGAGAAGGAGGUAGGCGGCCUCUGCUGCAGGGCGGGCCGGGCGGCGGCUCCCUCCAGCCCCAGCCCUUCCUCAUCCCUUUCAUGUCCCUGCUGCCAGGUUGAGGUGAUUGGUGGAGCUGACAAGUACCACUCCGUGUGUCGCCUGUGUUACUUCAAGAAGUCCUCUGUCCAGCCUGCCGGGCUGGACAACAAGGAGAACUGCCCGGCGCUGGGGGUGGCAGGGGAGACGGCUGCCGUCCGGAAGCUCUUUGCCCCACAGCAGAUCCUGCAGUGCAGCCCCACCAACUGAGGGGCCCAGGACCCUCUGCAGACCCCGCUGCUGGCCUGCACGCUACGUGACCUGAGGAGCCUGGGCGUGGGCAGGAGGGCCCGUGCCUGUGGGACUUGCGUGGGACUUGCCGUCUCCUGCCUGGUGUCGGUCACGGCUCCCUCCUCGACUCCUGGGCCCUUUCUCAGUUCUCCUCCCAGCUGCUGGGAAGGCCGCCUGGGCUGGAGCCUGUGUGUCUGGUGGUUUGGGGUCUGGUUGCAGCUGAGGGCAGAGCAGCAUGCAGUUGUGACAUGGGCUGCUGGCCGGCUUCUUCCCCUUUGGUGGCUGUCACUGCUGGGUUUCUGUUCUCCCUAGAAAGUCUGCACUGCACGUCAGCUGCAGCCCCACAGACUCCGGCGGCCCCCUCCGAGGAUCGCCUGUGCUCCUGACCCCUUGCUGCACUUUGGGCUGAAAGCCCUUCCUGUGCUCUGCAGAUGACGUCAUCUUUCACGUGGGUGGCACGAGCCUGCUGGGGCUUGACCCCAGGGGCUUGUUUCUUACAGGAGGAGGGAAGGUAGGGAGAAGGCCAUGCAUUUUUUCACUAUUGUAUGAAAUUAAUAACUAAUAUUAAAAUCCACGAGCUGGG